AAAGUUCGCUAGGUUUAUUUCAAUUAAAAUGGUGUGUUGUCUAAUUUUAUCGCACCUUAUUUAAGGUGCGGGAAUAUGGUUAAUACACAGGUAGAUGAGCAAAAUGUUUCAUCCAGUUGAUCAGUCCCAGGAUGAUCAGUACACAGUGGUGCCAUCUGGUGCACUUCAAGACACUCCAAAAUACUGUGAUGAGGAUAUUGCACUAAAAGAGCAUAAAAGAAGAAAGACCCUUGUAGAUGUUAACCUAAAAACAGUUACCAAUAGUGAUGGCUACAAGCCCCGUACCAGUGUGCCUGUUGAUAAGGCAAAGACCACAUCGCGUCCUCCAUGCCAGGUGGAUGCUGCCUAUGACGAGCUCUUCACUGCAAAGGACCUUAACAUUCAGCUUCGUGCUGAAUCGUCAGAAGUUGUCGUUCAGCGGUCAGGCAUCCAAGUGGUCAAGUCACUAAGACAGUACGAUGAUUACAAAUCUGGGUCAGUCGUAUUUGGGUCGAAGGAAGCGGUGAAAAGAUUGCUGACUGCAAAUCCAAAAGAGCUAAAAGUUACAACUGGUGUCAUCAUUGAUGAAGCUAUCCAUCCAUCAGCUGAUUGGCAGUUCAAUGAAAACCAUGAAUUUUUUGUGGAAAAAGUAAUUGGAAGUGGGAGUUUUGGAGAAGUCGCUUACUGCAGACAUUCCACCACUGAAAACGAUUUUGUCGGCAAACAGGUCGUAGAUAAAUUUCACCGUAAGGAGGUAGAUGUUUUGAUGCAGCUGGAUCAUCCCAAUAUCACCAGGUUCCUGGGUUUUGUCAUCAAAGAUAAGAUACCAGAAAUCCUCAUGGAAUAUGCAGUGAUACGGAAGAAGAAACGGAUAGCGAGUCGGAGGGUGGAGACACCGAUGGUGCCAGGCCCAUACCAGACGGCAGAUUUGGCGAUCUUGGCUGGUGUGACUGUGGUAAUUGUGCCUUGAUGGCCACUGUAGAAGAAUGCCUAUGUUGUAUGGAGGUGCCAGCAGCUAGAUACAAGGCCGACAUGGCAGAUGUUGAGUGUGUGUCACAGCACGAGGGAUUUAUUGUAAACUGCCUCAACAUGCAUGUCUUGGAGUUGGCCAUGUUGGACUAUGUUCGUAUGGACGGACCACUCGAUGACAAUGAUCCCAUUCACGAGUAAGAAGAACAAUCUGAUUCAAUUUACAUAAUUGUAUCCAUUUGACACAGUAAAAAUUAAUGGUCAAAUGCAGCAUAGUAGACCCUGGCAUAGUUUAGCAUACAAUUUCAUCUUUUUUAAUGCAUUUCCUAGAAUAGCUCUAUUGUACACAUAAAAAUAUAAAGUCAUGUGAUAUUAUUUAAAUGCCAAUAUUUUCAAGGUACAUGUGCCCUCACAAAAUGACCUUUAUUUAAUAAACAAUUAAACAUGGUCACGUUUUAGUUUCUAAAGAUAAUUAUUAGAACAACAAUCAUCUGAUGCAAACACAUUGAAACAGUAAUGUUUCCAUAAAAUAUGCAUGAUGUAUUGAAUAUUUACAAUUUCUUUGCUGUUUCUUCCU